UCAUUUUUCACAUGACCGAUGGUUAUUCGUCAUCGCCCAUUUUUCGUCUUUUUAUGACAAUUUCUGGGCUAAAAACUUACUGAGUAAUUUAGUCCGUUACGUCCACUAGAAAUAGUUUUUAAAAAUGGCGUUUUGCCGUUUAGUGUUACCUAUUUUAGUGCUAAGUGUUGUGUCAUCUUACGCGAAUAUACAAGUACCUGUAUUCCUAUGGGGCGAUUUGAAAACAUCAAUAAAAUCGAAUCCCUUAUCGAACAUUGGUCAAGAUGAGUUCGAGUCAAUUUUGAAGAAGGAAUUAGAAACUGAACCUUUCACCGUUGUAUUCAUUGACGAGACUUUAUCCGUGGAAGAUUUUUCACGUAAAAAUUCCGAAGGUGAAACAUCGUUCCCUUAUUUACACGCUAAUAUUGGCAAAGCAGCGUAUUUACCAUCAGUUGAAGAAGCUCUAGACGCUUUGAACAAUCUAGCCGAUCCAGAGAAGGUAGACCGAGUUAAGCUCACAGAGAAUGGGUUAUCCGCGGAAUUCGAGCCAGAAAGCGUGAAAAUUUUAUUUAUAACUCUCAAAGAUGCUCGCGAAGGUGAGUCCAGGGAGGAUAUGCUCCGUCGCCACAACGAUUUCAUGCAAGAAAUGUACAAUAAACUUGAGAAGCAAUAUGGCAAGGUCAUGGCUGUGUACACGGCAGAGUAUCCUUCGUGGACAGUACCGAAAGGCCUCUCAAGGUCCCGUCGUCAGGCCCAAAAUGGUGCUAUCGAUACACCACUGGAUGGACUCAAGUUAUACGCUCAAGAUAUCAUCCUCACUGUCGGCAGUGAAACAACAAACUUGAACAACUUACAGAGUUCCUCGAGCGAAUUCAACGAUACAACAAUGUCGACAACGAUGAACUUCGGUGAUAACUCCAUCACAUUAAACUUUGCACAGCAGGCUGGUUACUGGUUUUUCAACUCCGUCAACUUAAGACGAACAUCACCAGCUGUAAACGAGGAACUCCUGCCCAAUUCUGAAGUAUUUGCAGUAAUGGGUUUCUCAUACAGAUGUGGACAGACCAUCUCCUUCUCCAGCGGGGGUGAAACGCAGACCUACAACUUGAUAUUCCAGAACUUGAAGGUUCAGCCAUUCUUUGCUCCCAACGGCAACAGUACUCUCGAGUUCGGCGACUCGGUGAACUGUGUGGGUUUCUUCACUGUUCCCAUCUGGUCUGGUCUCUUUGUGGUGUUCAUCCUCCUGGCCAUCACCUUCUACGGGAUCAUGAUGAUGAUGGACAUCAGGACUAUGGACCGUUUCGAUGAUCCUAAGGGCAAGACUAUCACCAUCAAUACUGCGGAGUAAAAAUUUAACCGGCCAGUUCCUAUAUUAUGGUGUUUAUUCUAAAUCAGAUUUGAAUUAACUAAAUUGAUUAAAUUUAAGUUUUUGAAACACU